UCACGGAUCAAAAUCUAGUUUCACUUUAUAAUAGUUAAGCCCAACCUCUCAACAUUUACAACUCCUUCCUCCGAAGAAAAAGUGUGGAAGAUGAUGGACUCCCUUCUAACUCCUUCAACUUCUUCCCAUAUGCAAACUCCGGCGACUACUUUCGACCACGAAGACUUCCUAAACCACAUCUUUGCCUCCGCUCCAUGGCCCUCGGUGGACGAAACUCAUGCUCCUCAGCCUCCUCCCUCUGAUGGCUUCGUGGACUCGAGGAAUCAACAGAUCAUGAUGAUGCCUUUACAAUCUCAUCAGCAAAACGACAACGUUGAUGGCUCCUCCGCCCAUGCUCUUUACAAUGGCUUCGCCGCCACCAGAUCUCUUCCUUUCCACAUCCCUCAGGGGUCGGGAGGUGGACCGAUGCACCAACAAGGCCAAACGCAAAGGCAACCACAACAGCAAGCGAGUGCGUCGACAGAUACUGGUGGUACUGCGGUGUCUCCGUCCCAUAGUAGGACUAAAGUCCGAGCUAGGAGAGGUCAAGCUACUGAUCCUCACAGUAUCGCCGAGAGGUUACGGAGAGAGAGAAUUGCGGAGAGAAUGAAAGCUCUUCAAGAACUUGUUCCUAACGGCAAUAAGACAGACAAGGCAUCGAUGCUCGAUGAGAUUAUAGAUUAUGUUAAGUUCUUACAACUCCAAGUCAAGGUUCUGAGCAUGAGCAGAUUAGGUGGUGCUGCUUAUGUUUCUUCUCAAAUCUCUGAGGCAGGUGGGUCCCACGAGAGCGCGUCAUCCGCCGUCGCCGGGGGUAACCAGCCUACCGGAAACUCCAACGACGGCUUGACGAUGACGGAGCAUCAAGUGGCGAAGCUAAUGGAAGAAGACAUGGGCUCGGCGAUGCAAUACCUUCAAGGAAAAGGUCUUUGUCUCAUGCCUAUAUCUUUAGCCACUGCCAUCUCAACCGCCACGAGCCACACGCGUAACUCUUUGAUCCCUGGAGCUGCCGAUGUCGGAGGUAGCCCUUCUUCUUCCAAUCUAUCCGGCAAGACCGUACAGACAAUGAACACGUUGAAGUUAAAUAGCAACGGUAACGGCAUGCCUGAGGGAUCGUCGUCUAUCGCCGUCAAAGAGGCGGUAACCAUUUCGAAGCCGUGAUAACCAUUCUCUUUUUCACUUUUGGGGUUAUGCAAAGAGAUACCAAAACAAAACAUAAAAAGUGGGUGUUUUUUUGAUGUGUACUCUCUCAACGAUGCCAUAUUUCUCGUAGAGUUUUGGUUCUUUUACUUUUCUUUUUUUUUUUUGCUAAAAUUUUUGGUUCUUUUACUUGCUACUACAAAACCACAUUACAUUUUCCCCUUUAAAUAUACCUAUGUUUUAUAUAAUAAAGUCGGUUAACGUAAACUACAAUUGUCAAAUAUUAUAAAUAACAUAACUACAUGAUCUGAUUGGUUUGUGUCAAACAAAGAACAAAGAACUUAUGUUCAAAAAUAUAUGCAAAAAUUAGAGUUUUAAGCGAACGAUAGUUUAGGAAAAUAUAUAUGAGGUUAAAUGAAUUUUAGUAUCAACAAAUUCAAAGGGUUCAGGAUUGAAUCUCAUACGGCCGGCGGCUCAGGUUGAUGAUGAUUAAAUGUGGAUCCUCAUAAAACAUGUAGAAUUAUCGGUUGUAAUAUCGUUUAUGAUUCUUCUAAUUUGUAAUAGUAUAUUUGACAAAAUAAAAAAUGAUGUAAAAGUGAGUUUGAAUACAUAAAGUAUGAAUUAGUUAGUUUCCUCCUCCUGUGGUGCUUUUUUACCAAAACUCAUGCGUUAUAGGAGACUCUCUAUAACAAUAUAAGUAGGAAAUUAUGAUGUUGCAUAUCCUUUUUAACACUGGAUAAUUAUGAUAUUAUAAAUUAUGAAAAAUAUUAUUUUACGUUCAACGAUUCUAGCUUUGUUAUAUAUGAGGGUUCACGUCUAACUGUAUCACAUUAGCCGUCCUAUGAAAUUUACGUUUAACGAUAUUCCUUUCACCAUGCUACAUAUUUCUUUUUGUUUUUGUUUUUAAUUUAUUAGAAGGUUUGGUCCGAAGCUCUAAUAUUCCAAAACCCGAAACUACAUCAUAUAAUAUUAGUUUUGUCCGAAGGAGAUUAUUCAAACUGAGAACCUUUGACACAAUGACCAGAAUUCUUUCUAAUUGAACUAAUGAUCUAUGGUAAUGCUACAGAUCUCAAAAUCAAUACAUCCUGACGUAUAUCUUUAUUGCUAUUUGACAUAGAUUAUGGUUUCCAAGUAACAACCGUAAAGUUAAACUGUUCUUAGCAAACAAAAAAAGGAAGGCCAAUAUUCUUCAGCUGAAACAUACAAGCAGAAAAACAAAUAUAAUCAAAACAUUGUAUAUAUCUGUAAAGAGAAAUAUGUAACUAAUAAAACUUACAUGUAGAUAAUUAUGUUGUAUAUCUUUGUUGUAACCAAGCUUGGAAAACAAAACAAGGAAGGCUUGGCCGGAUACUAUUCUUCAGCUGAAACAUGCAAGAAGAAAAACAAAUAUGAUUAGAACAUUGUAUUUUGGAAGAGAAAUACGUAACCAAAAUUUACAUUUAGAUUACAAAGAAAUGAAUAUGAAAUCUGAGAAUAUAUAAAAAUUAAUGUUUCAUAAAUCAUUAAGUGGCAGCUAAGCCUUUUUAUAAGAGAUUGUUGAUUAGACGGAUGUCUAAAUUAAUUCUUUUAGCAUAAAAAAAUUAUUUAGUCAAAGUCAGAUUUUCAGAUUAAGCGUACUCCUAAACCGAUUUAAGAACACUGGUAAAAAUACUCAUAUAGUGAAUAUAAUACACAAAUGACAAACGAUUCGGCUAAACUAAUUAUAGGUGGUGUUAAGAAAUUCACAUAAAUUAAAAAUAAUAUUUAUAUCCAAAAUAUUUUUUUUACUUUAUAUAUAUUAAGGAUAUUUGAAAGAUUGAGUGAAUAAUUAUAAUAUUUUAAAAUUAAUAAUUACAGAAUUAUCUAAUUUAGUUUGUGAAUAAUUAUUUACUUUUUAAAAAGUUUGUUUCCUUCAUAUAAUAUUAUACAUAUCUUUUGUUUCGUUUUUGAAAGAUUUUUUUUUUUAAAUUCCAAAUUUGUUUAAAUUUCUAUCUUUAUGUUAAUAUUAGUGGUAAAAUUUUUUAAUAUUUAAUUUUAGUUGAUAUACUUAAUAUAUACGUCUACAAUCAUGCCAAUUACUUGACACCACGUAUGACCUUAUGUUAUUUACUUACUUCUUACGUAAUAAGAUAAGGUUGUAAUAAACACUACAUUUGACUUCCGGGUUACCAAAAUAGCACGAGGGGAAGAAACCCUCCUCUUCAUCAAUAGCUACUUCUCGACCUUUUUUUUUUUUGUUUAAGGAGAGAUCUUGUCUGACUUCUAAGGCUCUAAGACUUUUGGUCCAGUUUGUUUGGUACGUAAAACUAGGUUCUCUUUUUAUCUUUUAGUAUUGGAUUUGAUACGAUGUUUUCAUUGUUUAAUGGCAAAUCUCAUUUUUGUAGUAAAUUCGGAUCGGUUUUGGAUCGUAGAGUGUUAAGA